AUGGGCCCCUGUACCGCCUCCUCAUGCUGCUGCCAGGCCCGUAAUCUGUCAUGGGCCCCCGUACCGACUCCUCAUGCUGCUGCCAGGCCCGUAAUCUGUCAUGUGGGCCCCUGUACCGCCUCCUCAUGCUGCUGCCAGGCCGUAAUCUGUCAUGGGCCCCUGUACCGCCUCCUCAUGCUGCUGCCAGGUCCAGAGUGUGUCAGAUAGGUCCCUGUACGGCCUCCCAUUGCUGCUGUCUCCCAUCGCCACACUCUGCCAUGUGCCCACUUUCAGGUCUCCUCACACUGCUGGUGGGUUCCAUUUUGUCAUAGGGUGCUGUAUGGCCUCCCAUUGCUGCUGCCAGGGCCCGUAAUCUGCCAUGGCCCCCGUACGACUCCUCAUGCUGCUGCCAGGCCCGUAAUCUGUCAUGGGCCCCUGUACCCUCCUCAUGCUGCUGCCAGGUCCAGAGUGUGUCAUGGGUCCCUGUACGGCCUCCCAUUGCUGCUGUCUCAAUCGCCACACUCUGCCAUGUGCCACUUUCAGGUCUCCUCACACUGCUGGGUGGGUUCCAUUUUGUCAUAGGGUGCUGUA